AUGAAGGCAUCCAAAUUCAUUGUGCUGGUAGUAUUGAUUCAACUGACAAAAGAUGCCUCAUCAAGUUGGGUGGUUAUAUCGGGUGCAUGCCUGCCAGGAUUCAACAAUAAAAUAAUAGAAGAUAUCGAAUCUUUGGCAAGAUGCAAAAGGAAGUGUGAAAUACAGACAACAUUUAUAUGCCGCUCAGUCGAAUACAGCGAGUCCAACGAAAAGUGUAUUCUUUCAACAGAACACUCAGGGACCCAGUCGAUAAGCAACCCAUGCGGAGUUUCUUCAUAUGACUAUGCCGAGAGGUCUCUUACAGACCCUACAACCCAACUAACUACACAAAAUGUUGUGACUACUGUACCUACUACCCAACCAACUACACAAAAAGAAGGAACUACUGAGCCUACUACCCAAACGACUACACAAAAUGAAAUGACAACUGUGCUUACCACCCAGCCAACUACACAAAAUGAUGCGACUACAGAGCCUACUACCCAAACGACUACACAAAAUGAAAUGACAACUGUGCUUACCACCCAGCCAACUACACAAAAUGAAGGAACUACAGAGCCUACUACCCAACCAACUACACAAAAUGAAGUAACUACUGAGCCCACGACCCAACCAACUACACAAAAUGUCGUGACUACUGUGCCUACCACCCUAUCAACUACACAAAAUGAAGGGACAACGGAUCUUACUACCAAAACAACUGCAAAGAGUGAUGUGACUACUGCACUUACUACCAAACAAACUACACAAAAUGAAGUAACUACAACCACCUCACCCAAACAUCGUCCACUAUUUAUAAACGAAAUUAUAAAAGCAAAGCUCGAGUCUGAAGUGUAUAAACCUCCUAAGAAAAAAGAGCAUGUGCCAGUCGAAGCAAAAUAUGCAGCGGUUGUUGGUGUGCCUCCCUGUAUGAUCAUUAUUAUUUCAGUUGGGCUAUUCAUUCUAUCUGAUUUGCCAACAAUAUUUAGGGACAUUAGGAGAGGAUGUAGAAAUGAAAAUUGGAAAUGGCACGCCGAUAUCAUCAUCUUCGGAUCAACUAAAUAUGCUCUACCUGUCACAGCAUCACCGACGGUGUUCGGGGAAGCUUGGGCACAAAGCUUUAUGGCACUCGUCGCCCUGGUCAAGUCAUACCAGGGGAAGAAGCUCCCCCGUUUUAAAGUUUCAUGA